UGCAAGUCUUUCUUACUAAGAAGAGAAAUGGCGCAGAAGGAAAUUAAAAUGGAUGAAGAAAACAUUUCUUGUUUAAGCUGUUUGGAUCUACUGAAGGAUCCGGUGACUAUUCCCUGUGGACACAGCUACUGCAUGAACUGUAUCAAAAGUCACUUUGAUGAAGAGGACAAGACAGGAAUCCACAGCUGCCCUCAGUGCAGGACGAACUUCAUGCCAAAGCCUGUCCUGGAGAAAAACAUUAUGUUAGCAGAGUUAGUAGAGGAACAGAAGAAUAUCUCACCGGGAGUUGCUGAAGUGGAUGUUUUACUGUCACCACCAGAGCCAAAGACCAGAGCUGGAUUCUUAAAAUAUUCACAUGAAAUCUCACUGGAUCCAAACACAGCAAACACACAUCUGUUAUUAUCUGAGGACAAAAGAAAAGCAACAAUAAUGAGACAAAAACAGUCUUAUUCUGAUCAUCCAGACAGAUUCACUGGAUGGCUUCAGGUCCUGAGUAGAGAGAGUCUGACUGGAUGCUGUUACUGGGAGGUGGAGAGGAGAGGAGGAGGAGUUGGUGUUGCAGUCGCAUACAAGAAUAUCAGCAGAGCAGGGAGCUCAAAUGAAUGUAAAUUUGGAUUCAACGACAAAUCUUGGUCUUUACGUUAUGAUUCAAAUGGUUUUCAGUUUUGGCACAACAAUGUCCAAACUGUCCUCUCAGGUCCUCGGUCCUCCAGAGUAGGAGUGUACCUGGAUCACAGAGUAGGAGUGUACCUGGAUCACAGAGCAGGUAUUCUGUCUUUCUACAGCGUCUCUGAAACCAUGACUCUCCUCCACAGAGUCCAGACCACAUUCACUCAGCCGCUCUAUGCUGGACUUCGGUUCUUUUAUUAUGACAAUGACACUGCAGAGUUCAUUGAACUGAAAUAGACGGAAAUUAUUGAAGGACACUUGGUUAACACAGGUUUUUUUAGUUCUUUAGUUACCACUAUUUUUGGUCAACAUUGUUGUUACUCAGAGGUCACUGAUGUGCUGUUGCUUAACCUGUCAGUAACACUUUAUUGGUGCGACUUUAACAUUGUAUCAUUUGUUGUCUAGUUAUUGAUUGGUUAUGUUUUAAUGAAGGAAAUGUGUUUCACUCUGCAGAAACAAUACAGCCUCGUAUAUCUUUGUAAAUGUUGUAUGUUGUUCUGAUUAGCUAUUUAAUGUAAAACAUCCGAUGUCUAGUUUGUUUUAUCUUCUACACAAGAGUUAUUCUUUAUGGCAAAUUGUUUUUCAUUUAUGUGCACUGUCAUGUUUUAAUUUAGAGAAGUGGUCAGUUUGGUUGGGUGUUUUUGUG